UAUAAGAAAGACAUGAAAGCAAACCACACCGUCUAAGCUCACUCAGGCUACUCACUGCAGUCCAGACACUCUCACACGCGCCUUUUCCGGUUUGCUGUAAGAGCAGGCAGAAGUAGGCUCACAUACUGACUACAGCUUCUUAACCUGAGAAAGAAUCAGGCUGAGCUCAUGUUCAGUGCUAACCUGUCAUAUCCAAGCAAGUGAAUCGGUAAGACGCGAGCCGAACCUCGACACUGAGAGCGCUGAUUUCCGGGUGAGCACGACGUGACUGAGAUAUGAGCAGUUUGGAAACAUGGACAUUGAAUUAGACGAAUUAAAACCAUCCGUCAACAAUAACGACGAAGUCGACCCAGGAGUUGAGGUGCACCCAGGAAAUGGAAGCUGCUCAAACCACAACACGCCCAGUGCCACUGAAGCCAGUCGAUUACUCUCAGAUGCACAGGCUGCUGGGAGCAAUGGAGAACACUGUACUGUAGCAGAUAUCCCAGAUGACCCGUCGGGGCAAAGUCUUAAUAAGCCCGUGGGGAAACUCGGCAGAUUGAAAAAGGAGCUGAAUGAACCAGUCUGUUGGAAUCUCAAAAUGUGGAUGCUUAUUCUUAUCAGCUUCCUUUUAAUCAUUCUUACCAUCCUUCUCUCUAUUUAUUUCUGCUCAGUUUAUCAGGAGGACGUGGAUGACAAGUACAAUGUUGCAGAAUUUGUGGUGCCACGCUUCUUUCAUGGGAAUUUUACACUUCUCAACAAGAAUUUAGCUUUAGAUGCACAGUCACAACCCACGGAUCCUCUUCUCAUUCUUCAGCAAAAUUUGACUCACAUCUACACAUCCUCACAUGCCCUGGGUCGAUACUUCGUAAAUGCUACAGUAAACCCACUGAGAAACAGCAAGUCUAGUGUUGAGUAUGAGCUGAAAUUUAUGAUGCCUGAAGAGCACAAGCAGUUAAUACUAUACACUCUGAGCAAAGAGAUGGUGUAUCAUGUGCUUCUGCAAGAGCUAUUUGACCAGGACACUGGGGACCCACUUUACAUCGAGCCGUCUUCACUCACCAUGGAAGUUGGAAGUUAAAUGAGCUGUACUACAACCACAGUCCUGAUGUGCAAAUUUCUACAAACUCCUGUAUAUGAUGACCACAAUACUCGCUCCGGUAUGGUCAUGAAAUUCUGUGCCUGUCCUUACACUGGAACCACUGUAUUAAGAUAUUUUAUUAUGUUAUUGACCACAACACUUAAUAGUAAAUGAGAACAUAUUUCUCAAACAGGUUCAGGUUCAGUAGGAAGCUUAUUCCAACUUUUAGUCAUUUUCCUGCUCCUAGUCUUUACACACUUCAGGCGUCUGUGCACCUUUAAUAAGGACAGGAGCUCUUAUCAGACACAUUGUGUGUUUAUCUAUUGGGAGUGGAACUCUAGACCAACUAACAUUUCCUUCCUGUUCUGUUCCAUAAGAAUGUUUUAACAAGCCUUAUUGAGACUCUUAGAGUUGUAUCCUUAGUAGAAAAUAUUGCUGUAAGUAUUAUAAUGAUAUUUGUUUGAAUACUAAAUAUUACUUAACUUUAUAUAUUUUUAUAUGUACAGUGAGGUUUUCAUAUCUUUAUUUUAUCCAAGUGUCUUUAUAAGAGUCACAAGGUGGUGCUGUUGCUUUAUAUGACACCAUGUCAGUCUCAACACUUCCACCAUUUCAAGCUGUCCCUGUGGUCGUUUUAAUUAUUUAUUAUAUAUUAUAAUAAUUUGGUCAGUGUGUUUGGACUCUGAUAAAUUUUACUUCAUGAUUUUUUUUAUGAUUUUGUAAUAUUGUGAGCAAAUGGCAAUUAGUCAUUUUUUUUAAUGAAUUUGUAUAUAUGAACAAAUUAAAUAUAAGUAGAUAUUUUACAAGCAUAAAGCUUAUGACUUUUUAAUUCCCCCCAAAGAUAAUAGCUUCUGUUAAUCCAAGUGAGCUGUGAAAGUAGCUGCAGAUGCAACGUGGGUUGAUAAAAGUAUCACAGUGCAUUUUCCUCCCCCAAAAAUGAUACAGCUCUCAAUAUAGAGCUCUUUUGAACUGGAUAUCCUGGGAUCUGCUGCAGAAAAACUAAGCAGAAAUUCUGAAUUAGCAAUUGCUUUUGAAUUGCCAAUUAAAAUUCCAUAAUGCAAUGUCUCUCAUACAGUGCGAACAAAAUCAGACUUGGUGUUUGUGCAACAGUCUGCUUUGUAGCAAUAUCAUUUUAUUUUUAUGAGAUGAGGUCUCAAGUUGUAGAGAGAGUCAGAAGUCAUUUGUCAAUGUGUCAGUAAACUGUCAUCCUGGCAAAUCACGUUAACUCCAGUCAGUCAGUCAGCCGAAACAUGUUGGUGGCAAACAAGUUUGCUUACUUUUUACCCUGGAGCUAUAAAUAGUGUAGUCCUGUAAUGGUAGUUAGUAAUUAGUCUUUUUUUCCAGAAUCUCUGUCACAUAGUUAGGCACAAGCAUCAGGCUCACAGUGUUUAAAGUUUGAAUAUAUCAGAAGUGAGCUUAUUAGAAGUGAUUGAGAUAGUAAUUCCAAUUUUAAACCUACAGAUUAUUGUUCCAUUACGUACAAAUGGUAUUACUUUUAAUUAAGUAAGUCUUUUAUGUAAGUGUGUGAUGAUUCAGGCAUGCAGGUUGAAAGUGUUUUUAUUAGCAGUUAUGGUAUUUAUGGCUUCAUUGCAGCUCUAAAGAAGCAAACCUCUGAUGCCAAACAUGUCCUGGCUAACUGAAUACUUUCUUGUUAUAAGGGGAAAACUGUACACGGUUCAUUUUUGGCUGAUCUGCUGAAUCUUCAUGAACCUGGUGCAGCGUUUCCUAACCAUGCUCCUGGAAAGUCCCUGCACUGAAUAUUUGAGUUUUUUUCUGUCUAUGCUAGUGUGUUUUGUCCUGCACAAGGCAGAGUACAUCUAGUUUCUAAUAAAGCUCUUAACAAGAUCA